GUUGUAAAAAUCGGCUGGAAUAUUUGUAGCUUGUGUUUGUUGCGUGUUUUGCUAUUGCUUAAGAGUAAAACCGCUUAUAAAUCCGUCCAUUUAAAAGCAAAAUAAUAUAGAAUAUGUAUGGUUGCUAGUUCUGAAGACACCAAACUCGCAAUGCAUUAUUAUUUGGUUGUUAUCUGCCUGGCGGGCUUUCUGGGCUCAGCUGUCGGCCAAUACAACCUAGUUCAGCGGGACAACUGCGUAAUUCCGAAGAUCCUGCAGGGAUCAUGGUUCUCCUGGGAAACGGGCCUGCCCACAUUGACGGUAAUCGACGCCACCUCGAUGUCCAGCCGAGGGUACUGUAUCAACUACACAAAACACAAGGGCGACGAAUACUCUUUCGUCUUCAAGGAGCGCUCAAAGGACUGUUACCAUUGCGUCAGGACCAUCAUUCGCACGCUUAAUGUGUUCGAAAAGUUUGAAGGUCCCUGCGUGGGCAUACCCGAUGGCCAAGAACCCACUGUGGAUUAUGUGUGUCGAGGCAUUAAGGACGAUCAGCAGUUAAUUACGCUGUUUAAUGAAAACUUUGUGCCCAUCAACUGUCGUUCAUCGCUGGAGGGCGUCUGGCAUUUUACAUAUCAAAACCGAUUCCGCUUCACUGGAGUGUGCGAUAAGCCGGACGCUCGCAUUCAGUCCUGUCAAACAGCGGGCACCCAGUUUCUCAUUCAGAACCAGAAGUUCAACGUAACCUACCAGCAGUGCGAGGGUAUGGAGGGUACAUUUACCGGCACCGUGGAGUUCAGCUGCUUGGGUGAUUGGUUUGUCGGCAAGAACCACUACUUUGCUGUGGCUAAUACAAAGGAAUCACGAAAGGAUGAAAAGUACAGAUGCUUCCUCAAAAAUCGAGAUGAUGAUCUCUAUGUGGGUGUCUCCAUUACGGCCGAGUGUAAUACAUUAAAGACGCCGGAAACCUCGCCGGAGCGUCUUAAGCUAACGCCCGUGAAAGCCGAGUUUGUUGAGCCCGGUUGCACACUGCCCCAGAACUUUAGCGGCGAAUGGGUGAACACUGCCAACAUCGACGCCGAUGUCUCGAUUAGUGAGACUCACAUCAACGAGACCUAUUAUCCGGACAAGGCCCGGUACCGUAAAACGAUCUAUGUUUGCCGAGAACGGCGUGGUAAUCGGGUGAUGAUGGCCCGUUUGACUGUCGAUGGUUGCCAAAAGGAUUACGUAUGCUUUGACUUUAUGCCUCGACAUCACAAUAUUAUUCGCUACCGCAAGGGCUUGGCCGUGAUCAAGGACGAUUUCAGUACGGUCUGCUCGUGGGUACAGUUCCCCAAUUCAAACGCGUGGAAAUAUGAUCUGUAUUUGGCCAAAAAUCCAGUGCCCGUUCGUUGCCCCGUUGCCGGUAAAUUCAAUUUUACACAAAGAGGAGAGCAUCCAUUCAGAACGAGAAUUCUAGGUGGUGUCACUUUGAGUCCCCGUCCAGACAUCCAUUGCAAGCAAAACAUCUCCGAUUUGUCGGUCUGCGAUACUGAUCAAAAGGAACUGGCGGUGGAUGAAAACUACUGCCUGUCAGUGGAUCACUUGGGUCGCCCCGUUGAUAUCUACAGUGAUCCCGAUUACCGCAUGAAGUGUAUUGGUUUCUGGAAGGAGAAUCUUAAAUCCUACCUGAUCACCUACGACGAUUUGGAUCCUCUGUCAAAGUACCGCUGCUGGGUUUAUCAGCGCGCUGACCUCAAUCGCGUCCUUAUGUCACAGGCUGUGGGAGCCUUCUGCAAAUUGGAGCAGGAUGUGACGUCGUGGAACCACUCCGAGGGCGCUGCAGUGGCCAUUGAUGCCGUGGAGUAUGAACGAGAACGUGACGAUUGUCCCAUGUUCUUCGACGAUGGGUUAAACCCCUGGAAACCAUCGGAUGCCUCCAACAUUGUCUUUGACUGGGACUUUUACCGAGCAGGAGGAGCGACAAUUAAUUUACAACUAACUUGUCUGGUUGUGGUCGCCUGUGCACUGGUCAGGAGUUUAGUAGCUUACUAAGAUCAAAAGUAUUUUUUUUAGCUAUUCCAUCCAACGAUAUUUACAAAUUUACAACCAUUUAUCAAGUGACUUUUAGGAAUAAUUGUGUGCCUUUGAAUGCGAAUUUUCGAAUGUUUAAAGCAAAUUUUAAACCUAGUUUGUAAGUCAAACCAUACAAUUUAGAUUUAAAUCUACAAACAGCCAUUCCGUCCCAUUAGAAUCUCAAAUGUUUUGUUCAAUUAAUAAAAUCAGCUAAAUAAAUAAACUAAAUCAA